UAGUUUGGCUUUUCUUACGGGAAAGAACGAAAGAUUCAUGGAAUAGCCAGCCCACCUCUGCAAGUGCAAAUCCGAGAAGAUUUUCUUUACAGGACUAUUCUUGAAGUAGGUAUAGUACCAAUACCAUGGGGAACAAGGAAUCAAUAGAUGACUCUUUCCAAGAUGAAACUCCACGGGGGCCAACUUAUGCAGGGACUUCAAGGGAACCUUACUAUAGUACACAGCAAUCGUCAUACAUACCCGAUAAUUUUAGCUCUUUUGAUGAGGGGCCAACUUAUGCAGGGACUUCAGGGGAACCUUACUAUAGGAGUACACGGCAAUUGUCAUACAUACCUGAUAAUUUUAGCUCUGUUGAUGAGGUUAUUUCUGCAUUGAGAGAAGCUGGUCUCGAAUCAUCCAAUUUAAUCCUUGGUAUCGACUUUACAAAGAGCAAUGAAUGGACAGGUAAAUAUUCAUUCAACAGGAAAAGCCUUCAUGCAAUCGGUGGCAUUCCUAACCCAUAUGAGCAAGCUAUAUCCAUAAUUGGCCGUACAUUGUCUCCUUUUGAUGAUGACAACUUGAUACCUUGUUUUGGAUUUGGUGAUGUGUCAACACAUGAUCAAUAUGUUUUCAGCUUUUUCCCUGAUUUUCGAUGUUGCCAUGGCUUUGAGGAGGCUCUUGCACGAUAUAGAGAGAUUGUUCCUUAUUUAAAAUUGGCAGGUCCAACAUCAUUUGCUCCAAUAAUUGAUGCAGCAAUUGAUAUUGUGGAGAGAAGUAAUUGGCAAUAUCAUGUCCUCGUCAUUAUUGCUGAUGGACAGGUCACCAGGAGUGUUGAUUUACCACCUGGAAGGUUUAGUCCACAAGAACAAGCAACUAUCAAUUCUAUAGUUGCUGCUAGUCAAUAUCCUCUCUCAAUUGUUUUGGUUGGAGUUGGAGAUGGACCAUGGGAUGAAAUGCAACAUUUUGAUGAUAACAUUCCUCACCGGGCAUUUGAUAACUUCCAGUUUGUUAACUUCACAAAGAUAAUGUCCGAGAACAAAGAAAUGUCAAAGAAAGAAGCAGCCUUUGCACUGGCUGCACUCAUGGAAAUUCCUUUUCAGUAUAGAGCCACACAGAGCUCAAGUAGAGAAGGGGUGGAAGUUGGGACGCCUCGUACAACACCACUUCCUCCUCCACGUGAAGUGAUCGAUCAUGACAGCGCAGUUAAAACAUACCCCCACAUGACAAGCUUUCAACCUGUUGAGGAGUCAACCACAAGCUUUCAACAUGUUGAGCCUGUUGAGUCAACCACUACAGAGCAGGUCUGCGCUAUAUGCUUGACAAAUCCAAAGAACAUGGCAUUUGGAUGCGGUCAUCUGACUUGCAAGGAUUGCGGUGCAAACUUGACAUUCUGCCCUAUGUGCCGUGAGCCAAUAAGAACACGGAUCAGAUUAUAUUCAUGAGCAGAUGGUUUCUUCACCUGCCAAAGGCUUGGGACUAUGUUCUUGUGUUGUAGAAAUGUGAAAUAAUUGAACUAGCAUAGCACUCUCCAAUAUUUCAUUUAUCAUUGAAAAUCUAGAUAGUUCAGUGUAAAUUACCAAGUGAUCUGGAAACUUUUUAUUGUUUAAUUCUGUUUAUCUACAAAUGGUUUUAUAUAGGAUUGGAUUGGCAACACUA